AUGAGCGAAAGUGUACCAUUGUUAGAAACGCGAGAAGAUCUCCAUAAUCUCAUUGACUGCAAAGAACAAUUCUGGCUUAUCUUCUGUAGUUCGUCAGCUACGAACUUACCGACAGACGUAUCAAAAAUUCCUUAUGAAUAUAGAUUAAGAUGUAAAAGUUUUUGGAUAUGUAGCUACGUUAUUGAAGGCUAUAUAACUGAAUUUAAUAAUGAAACUAAUUCUGCUAGUUCGACUAAAGCUGAUAAUUCUAAUCAACCUGAGUUCAUAAAAUAUGCUGAAAUCAUCUCAGAUCCUGUUUGGAAGUACGUUGUUAUAGAAUUUAGAUAUUUUCAAAACGGCACUGAAUUCCCCGUUUUAACCGUGACUUCUAGGAUCGUUAAUCAUUUUACAAAUGAAAUAGAAAUUGUAUUUACUGCGUCUAAUGACAAUGAUUUAGAUUUAAAAUCCUGUAAAUAUCGAAUUUCUUGGACUUGGUGGUUUAACGGUUUUAUUUGGAGACUAUGUGAAAAUGCAAACGAAACGGAUUUCAAAAAAAUUGCUUUUUUUAAAGGAAGUCCUGGUUGGGGUUUGACUUUCUCAUCUGUUGACCGGAAGAUAAAUUAUGGUUAUAGUACUAAAUCGACUUUUUUCUGGGAUCUGCAUAAAAAAGAUAUAUUCAUUGAUCGAGCUGCUCCUUUUCCUCCAGCCAUACCCGCUCUAUAUGCUGCUUAUUAUGAUUACUUGGAAAGUGAACCCGACUAUAGUCGACUAUUAGUCGUAGUCGACAUUUAG